UCACCGAUGGAUGAUCACUGACUGCCUGCUGUGUCACAAUAAUUCUACCUCCAUGGUCACAACAAGCAGAACGGUUUAGGUCUGCAAGAUUUUGUAGUUGACAACACAACCCAUGACACUGACAGAUUACCAGAAUCACAGCAUCAGUCUUACUCUUAGUCUUAGGAUAGGGAGAGGGGGUUGUCAGCUUUUUUACUUUUGGGGCUAGUUUAUGGACAUUAAAUAGUUUCAAACAGAGCAAGAAGAGCUUAGUUAGCUAUCCUACUAUCAAUCACAUUCUACCUGACCAACCGACUAGGGACUAGUUAUAAUACCGUCUAAGUUUAGAUAGGUCGCCUUUUUAGCCUAAAUUAACUCAAUUUUCUUAAAUCAAAAUAUUCUCAGGAUCGAUUCAAAAUAUUUCAUAAACAAUGAAAAUUUAAUGUCUGUAAUUUCUAGAUUAUUUAAAGCUGCAUCGUUACAAAUAUCAAAAAGCAAACCUUGGGAAAAACUUAACAUCUCAAAUAUGAGUUCUAAGACCCGCCCUACGAAGGGUAGCUCAACAUCACCAUACUUUGAAGAUAACCAAAACAGGUUGACAAGGUCCCAACAAGCCAAACUCCUAUUAAGCGGUGCAGACAAAAAUGAAAGUCGAUCAAAGAGUGCACCUGAAACUACAGGUUCUAAACCCCGCAUCUCAAAACUGAAGAGGCCAUACACAUCUGUGAGAUAUGAAUCAACUGUCCAAGCCCCGCCUCAAAAGACCAAACAGAUUUCUGGCACAGCGUAUCAGAAACACUCUAAAAUCGAAGAUGCUUCUGAGAUGGACCAAAAAACAACUGAUGGAGAUGAGCUUCAAGAUGAAGAUGCAGGUGCAAAGAUGAGAGCAGAAUCUAAGAAGGCUGGAUGGGAACCCAAGGACUGGAUGGAGAUGCUAGACAACAUCCGAGAGAUGAGGAAGGAGAAAGAUGCCCCUGUGGAUUCUAUGGGAGCAGAGAAGAUAUGUGAUCAUGAUGCACCACCUGAGGUGUUCCGUUACCAUGUUUUACUCUCACUGCUGCUGUCAAGUCAAACCAAGGACCAAGUCACAUCAGCCGCCCUGGCAGCUCUGAGGAGUCAUGGAUGCACGGUGGACAACAUCCUCAAGACAACAGAUGAGAAACUUGGAGAAUUGAUUUAUCCAGUUGGCUUCUGGAAAAAAAAGAUUUCCUACAUCAAGAGAAGCUCACAGAUCAUGAAGGAUCAAUACAAGGGUGACAUACCGACCACGCUUGAAGGUCUCGUCAAGUUGCCUGGCAUCGGACCCAAGAUGGCGCACAUUAUCAUGGACAUCGCGUGGAACCAGCUGACCGGGAUUGGAGUGGACACCCACGUGCAUCGAAUCUCCAACCGGCUGAAGUGGGUCAAGAAACCAACGAGUUUGCCUGAAGAGACGCGCAAGGGGCUGGAAGAAUGGUUGCCAAGGGAGCUAUGGAGUGAAGUUAAUGUACUCCUUGUAGGUUUUGGACAGCAGACUUGUCUUCCAGUCAACCCAAAAUGUUCUGAGUGCUUAAGUAAGAACAUCUGCCCAUAUGGGAAAUCUACUCUCAGAUACGGAAGCCCUAAAGGAAAGAAUACCAGCCCGAAGAAGAAGCGAUAAACUGAACUAUAAGCAACAGUUGUAGCCGCAGCUGAAGCGGAAGCCAUAGCUGAAGCCGCCAAUUCUAGUACGGCCUUACUUGUGUUACGGAAACCAAUGGAAUCAGACAUUGUGUACUGUGAGCGGCUUUCAUGAACAACCAGAUUUUUUAAAUAAAUAUUUGUAGUCGAUGAAACGUAUUGACAAAGUUUCCCUUUGGUAGAGCUACUUUUUCAUUCAUUCAUUCAUUCAUUUUUAUUAAAAAACCAACUGGCAGCACGAAGCUGAAUAAUGUGGCAUAACAAGAUAACAAUAUUGAUAAAAAUAGCAUAGAUAAAACACACAAAUAUUGCACCACUGCGGGGUACAAAGGAACAUUAUAUAAGAAGACGACAAUAAGUAAGAAUAAAUAUUAGAUAAACAACUAAAAUGCACAGGGUGUUGGGGGAACCCUCUUAUACAUUGAAACCCCACUAUGGAAUAAACCAGCUAAAAAAUAGAAACCCUGGCAGUUAAAAACUGAACAGAUGAAAAAAACAAUGAUAGCAAAAAUGGGAAAUCAAAUUUGAUAAAACAGAAAAGAUUUACAAACAAUUACAGGAUGUGGGAGACGCUCAUUUAUGAGGGCAUACUAAAGCAUUGAAAAUAAAAUUUACAGCCCACACACACACCAAUAAAACAAAAGCAAAUAUGGAAGCUCCAGUCUGCUUAAGCAGACUUACUUGCAACGAAAUGACACACCAAAAGGAUAUCGCUCAAUAAUUUUUCUGCUAGGCGAAAGAGAGGUCACAAGAGGUACAUGUGACAUGGCAUUUUGUCUGGUAAAUGUAUUCUGGUAAGCAA